CCAUUGGCCGGCAGAGGGACGCGGAGAAGGAGGCAGAAGAUGGCGGCAGGCGGCGGCGCGGCGAGGCGCUGUUGGCGGAGCGGCGCGGGGCUGUCCCGGGCAGUGCGUGGAGUCUGCGGGAGCGCACGGGCGACGGCGGCUCUGCGGGCAGAGGAGCUGGCGGAGCGGCUGCGGAAGAGCGAGGAGCAACAGCGAGAGAUCCCCAAGGACCCGACGCAGCGAUGGCUCCGGGAACUCGCUGCAAUGAGCCAGCAGCUGCAGCAGGUUCACCCCAACGUCCUGGCCAAGAUCCUUAAGCAGAGAACUCUAUACCAGAAUGAGGAGAUUGUGGUGAUAGACAAACCCUACGGGCUCCCUGUGCACGGUGGCCCCGGCAUCAAGAACUGCAUCGCUGACGUGCUGCCCAUUUUGGCCAAGAUGCUGGAGAACAUGAGAGCUGAGCCCCUCCACCUCUGCCACCGGCUGGACAAGGAGACCACGGGUGUGAUGGUGCUGGCACGGAGCAAGGAGGCAGCAGAGAAGAUCCGUCUGCUCUUUAAAACCCGUCAGGUGGAGAAGAUCUACUGGGCAAUUGUCCUGGGGGACCCAGACCCUGUUGAGGGCGUUGUGGAGAUCCCCAUUGUGGAGAAGGAGGUGAAGAGCCACCAAUCCCACUACAAGAUGACGCUGGCGCCCAGGUUCCGCGUGUGUCCGGAGGAUGGCCGGGUGGUGAAGGCGCGCGGGGAUCGGCACGCCGAGCGCGCGGUGACGCGCUACCGCCGGCUGGCUGCUGCCUCUGCCUGCUCCCUGCUGCAGCUGCAGCCCAUCACCGGGGUGAAGCACCAGAUCCGGGUUCACCUGGCCUAUGGCUUGGGAUGCCCCAUCCUGGGGGAUCACAAAUACUCACAUUGGAGCAAACUGGCGCCCCAGAAACUUCCUGAGCUCACCCUGAGGAGGCUGAAGCUGGAGCAGAGCAAGGCUCGGCACCUGCCCCUGCACCUGCACGCCCAGCGCCUCUCCCUGCCCCUGGGCCAGCCCUUGGACUUUGUCUGCAAGCUGCCCCUCUUCUUCCAAAAAACCCUGAGGAAGCUGGAGCUGGACAUCCCCAAGGACUGACGAGGCAGGACUGGAAUGGUGCCGUGUAUCUCCGCACCUCCAGCACGUGGCAGCAGCUGUGCCCACCUUGGAGCCAGUGGUGGGGUGAAGCCUGCAGUCUCGGUGCUAGUGCUGAGUGCUGGAUUCAGAGUGGGUGCCUACAUGGGCUUUUGGCCCAGGAAAGCAGCUGGACAUACUGAGGAGCCUCUAGGAGAGACAAACACGGCUGGGUGAAAGUUGGGCUUUGCCUGAUUUGUGCUUUGAACUUGUCUGUGAGCAAUAAAGGUUCCAGUUCCCUUGA